AUGUCGCUGGACAGGGGUCAACUUCCAGCCACCACGAAGAAGCUUCCACAAAUCAUUGGUGCUGAGUUGUUCAACCCUGGUCUCAAUUACACCUUAACUGGUAAAGUUAGCAACAGCCACGGACUACCUACAACCACAGCACCAACACGAGAAGAUGGCGUUGGUGCCCGCAUCUGGUUAGAUGACGAGGGGUUUUCAGUAUCUCCUGAUACGAACUCCAUGAUUCCCUACGCCGACAAUCUCAACACAACUUUGUUUAAUACAUGUGUCAGGUUCACACAGGGUCUAGCCAUUUGGAAUUGCACCUUCGAUAACGCUGCGGCUGUAAACCUGAUAGAGAAACAGCAAACGGGACUGCCCGAGGUUCAUUGGACGGAUUCAACGGAUAAAGUAUUGGACUCGCGAUACAUCCGGCCGAAUAGAAUGGACAAUAUCUGGGUAUCUGUUGGUGUAGGUGGUGGCUCAGCCCUGAUGAAUCAGGUCUUCACUGUCACCAAGAAGAAGAAACGACACACCUUCUCUCAGUUAACGCUCAAAGUUACAAUGAUCACCAGCCCAGGAGUUCCAUUUGCGAAAGAUGAAGUGACAGACAUUGUGCAGAGAACUUGGAGUUCUAACGAGACCGAACAAAGUGAUCCUCUCGUUGGUCGCAUUAUCCAAGGCAUAAUGAGCGCCCAGGAUCAAAAUGCCAGCUACGAAUUCGGCUUCAAUGCCCCUGACAAUGACAACAAAACUGCACUUCAAAGCCAGUGGGGAUUUCUUACCGCGGAGGUAAAUGGGACCGCUCAGUACUCUUUACUGAGCAUCGCAACCACAAACAUCACCCUUAUUCGAUCAGAAGACCUGGCAAAUGCCCCAGUCCCCUUUGAAGAAUGCCAAAGAGCAAACUUCCAAAACGAAGCCUUUGGUGGAAGAGUCGUACAGACUGACUGCGCGGGAUCUCCACCGGCAAGUGGAAAGCCGGGCUUCUUUGGCCAAGUCGACACAGCAGCUGUAAUGAUCACGCGUGGAUUGGGCGCCACGCGUUCAAACAUCAGCGCUGUAUCUCUGGACAACGAGGUCUUGGUAUGGUUAAGAGAAAAUGUUGACACUAUAGAGUCUCUGUUGGUAGCGCGAGCUUAUAGUUCUAGCAUAGACCCAACACUUGUGCAGAUCAGUGUCGAGGAGCUGAUGGUGGCCAUGUCACGUCUACAACUCGCUCUUAGCUGCCUUGCUUUCUUCUUGGCACUUGUCAGUUGGUUGGGUCUUAUGAUCCUUGCGGAUUCUCACUGGGCUAGCACUCUUUUUGCCAACCUGAUACAUACCACAUCAGAGCCAAGCAAGGUGAAGCCAGGGUAUAUAACACGGUCACCUAAUCUGAGCUUAGUACCUGCUGGCCAGAAACGCAUGUUGGCUGUGAAUGGCAGGGUUGUUACGGUUGCUGACCCAACUCCUUUCCCGAUGCAGCCUUUGAGAAGCCCAGAACAUUACCCUGGUGAAGUAAAGGGGCACGCAUACACUAUGGCUUACCCAAUGGCUUAUCACGAGCCCAAUGCUGGAAGGCAGGCACUUUUAUCUGGGGAUGAACAGGGCUUUCCAAACGAACGAUGA